AUGAAUCAAAAUAGUAGUAGUUGGAGUGAUAAAUACUUUCAAGAUCAAUCCUUCAGGAUACCCAAUAUUCAAUGUCCAUUCGAUUUCUCGAGGAAUCCAGUUGGAAAAAUGGUGAAACCGGAAUAUGAAAUUUGGGUCAAAGACUUGAUUCCAAAAUUCUACAAAGCUUUCCUUAAGGAGGAAACUCUCGAGUAUUCAGUGAUGGCCCUAGAUGUCGAUAGACCAGAACUGUUUCUUCCAAUGGUGAAACUGACCGACUGGGUUUUCAUCAUCGACGACAUUGUCAUUGAAAAAGGUUGUUGCAGCAAAGAAUAUAUAGAUUCACUCUUCGAUCCGGAACAACCUACAAAAGAUCGUUGGAGUCAGGCAUUCUGGUCAGCUAUUGAUGAUCUCUCAGCGUGUAGUGUCCACCCUUUUCUCAUUGACAGAAUUAUCGAAGAAGCCAAACAAUGGUCAUACAGUGCUGUCAGAGGAAUUCACAAUAUCGAAUGGUCGAAUCUCUCGGAUAUCGAAGAGUAUUGCCGGUUCCGAUCUUAUGAGAGUGCUGCCCAUCUUGGAUUGGCUAUUGCCAUGGCGAGCAGACCAGAUUUCACACUCACCCAAGACAUUAUGGAAGAUGAAAAUUUCAAACAACUCCUCUUGAAAUACGGUGGAAUCAAUGCUUUGGUAAACGAUUUAUAUUCAUUCGUAAGUGAAUUCAAUGAUAAAUCACUCUCCAACUAUGUAAAGAUUAAUUGUCAUGUGAAUGGAGCGACAAUUCAGGAAUCAAUGCAAAAGGUUGUUGAAUAUGUCCACCGAGGAUACCACGAGAUGGAACUACUAGCCAACAAAAUAGAACAUCAAUUCCCAAAUAACCAAACUCUACAACAAUGUAUCCAAUGUAUUAAACGUAUAACUGCCAGCACUGUUGGUUUUUGUUCUGUGGCACCAAGAUACAAUGACCAAGCCAAUAGAAAAGCAUUAAUUGGUAAAAGCAAUUCCGUUGAAGCUAAAACUAAUACAAUUAAUAUAAUUAACCAACCAACAAGUGAUACAAUAACAACUUCAACAACAACAACAAUACUUAGAGGAUAA